GCACCGACUAGGACUCCAUGUUGUUCCGACAGCCACAGAGCGAACAAGUGCUCUGGCCGAAAACUCUCACGUUGCAACUCUGUGUGUGCGAGAAGUAAAGUGUGUGUGUGCGUGUAAGUGUGUUGACCCUCUGAUAGAAGAUGGCAGACUACCGGGACGACACCGGAGCUAGAGCCCUGCUUGCUCUACAGUCAGCACCAUGCAGUCCCGUGCGCGUCGCGGUGACCUCGCAUGCCUAUCACCAGCCCUCGCUCGCCCUGCUGGGUCCCCCGAUGAUGGAAGCCCGCUCCGACGCCGGGAUUUUCCCCGUGCGCCUCGCUUGUCCUCCUCCGCAGGCCCUGGCCAGACUCGAGGGCCGGGACUUUGAGUUUGUGAUGCGCCAGAGGACGGUCACUAUCGGCCGGAACUCAUCUCACGGCUCCGUGGACAUCAACAUGGGUCACUCGAGCUUCAUUUCACGGCGACACCUGCAGAUCACCUACGACGAGGCCAGCGGGUUCUCCCUCCGGUGCUUGGGCAAGAAUGGCGUGUUCGUUGACGGGGUGUUUCAGCGGAGAGGGGCGCCGCCGCUGCCGUUACCCAGAGAGUGUGUGUUUCGUUUUCCCAGUACGGUUAUCAAGAUCCAGUUCAUGUCACUCAUGGAGCCUGAGGAGCACAGAGAGAGGGAGCAGCCCUCGCUUCCCGCUCGCCCGCUUCUGCCCCACAUUUCUCCCCUCAAAAUCAGCAUUCCCACAAUGCAGCAGCAUGAAGAGCACAUCAGAACAUUUGGCUCUCCGCUGCCCUCGCCCACAGGCACAAUCAGUGUUCCUAACUCCUGUCCGGCUAGUCCACGAGGGGCAGGAUCAUCAGGGUAUCGCUAUGGACGCAAUGUGACCUCUGACCUCCAGUUAGCAGCUGAAUAUGCAGCUAAAGCUGUUUCUGAGCAGAGACGAAGCAUUGCCGAGCAGAGAGGUGGAGGAAGUGAGCAGCGGGGGGAGUCGGCUGGUGGAGACAGCCCCAAGGACGAGUCCAAGCCACCUUAUUCCUAUGCACAGCUGAUCGUCCAGGCCAUCUCUUCUGCCCCGGACAAACAGCUGACUCUCAGUGGAAUCUACGCCCACAUCACCAAACACUACCCCUACUAUCGCACUGCAGACAAGGGCUGGCAGAACUCAAUCAGGCACAACCUGUCUCUCAACCGCUACUUUCUGAAAGUGGCACGCUCUCAGGACGAGCCUGGCAAAGGGAGUUUCUGGCGUGUGGAUUCUGCUUCUGAGAGCAAGUUGGUGGAGCAGGCCUUCAGGAAAAGACGACAAAGAGGGGUGGCUUGCUUCAGAACACCAUUCGGACCCCUCUCUUCUAGGAGUGCUCCUGCAUCCCCGACACACCAGGGACUCCUUUCUCCUCCAUCCAGCGGGCUGCAGACUCCUGAAUGUCUGAGCAGAGAGGGCUCCCCUAUCUCCCAUGACCACCAUGAACAGCUGGCUAACAAACUGGCAUCUGUACCUGAGUAUAGGUACUCUCAGAGUGCCCCAGGCUCUCCAGUCAGUGGUCAGCAUGUCAUCAUGGCUGCACCCCCUCAUCCCUCAGGCCCAGGGAAAGCCCUUGCUUUAGUGCCAGGAGGUGGCGGCCAAGUCCAGCCCAUCCACAUGCUCCAGAACCCGACUCAGUCCUCUGUCACCAUGGUGCGGGUGGUCACCAGCACCCCUCUAACUUCCAGCCAUCCGAAUGGGUACAGUGCUCCCUCUGUUGGAGGAGCAGAGGGCAACAGUGAGCUCAGAGAAGCCCAGCUGAGCAGAGAGCGAGUGAUCCAGACUGUGGACAGUGCGGUGCAGGGCGGCGAUGGUCGAAACCUGGCCCUUGGUUUGCAUCAACUUCCUGUUCGUCCUGUUACCCAGAAUGGCAAACACACCACUGCUGCUGUUGCCACAGCAACCAGCCUUGCUAAUGCAUCUGGCAUGAGUAGUCCUCUCCAGAUCUUGGCUGCCCAGGCCUCCAGCUCUCCUCCAGUGCUGGUGAGCAGACAGCCCAGUGCAGAAAGUCUAGCUGAGCAGCCAGGUGAGCCCCAGGCCAAGCGGCCAAAGAUGGAGGACGAGGGUGGAACUGAAUCUUCUCAGCAUCAAGUCACAGCUGCUCAGCAGCCCGUCAUUGUUGCCAUGACAUCACAAACCCAUGACCCUAGGAAGUGAAACCCAGGGCCUUUUACCAGGUACCCGAUGGACAGCCUCUUUAUGGUCUCCCAACUGCUUCGCCUUUUAUACUCAUUUGAUAUGACUGCAGCCGACAUGGCCAAAAGAUGUACCGGCAGCCUCUGUUAACAGAAGGGAAGAAAUUGUAAGGAAUAUAUAUUUUGGUCAAAAAAAAAAACAAAAAAAACAUUAAAACUUUCAAAUGCAUUCUGAAUGUAAAAAGCAAGUAAAUUUUUCAGGACUUUUUCAGCUUUAAAGUCUCUUUCAUGUAAUCCAUCAUUCACUGACACAAGUAAGAUUUAAAGCUUCUGAGAGCAUUAUGCCUAUGAAAAUAAUUUCAGCACUACUUUUGAAUGUUAAAUAAUAUCUCAGACACAACAUUUACUCUACUGGAUUGAUCAGAUGCAUCAGUUACUGUCGCUGUCAGGCCAAAGAACUCACGUCUCCUGUAAGUCUUAUUCAGAUCAACUGCCUGAUGUAAAACCAGAGAACUUGUGUUCAGAGAUUUGAAACAGCCAGCAUUUACAGGAGAAACUGAUGAUCAGAGAUGGUAUUGAUGUUGUGUAGUUUCACAAAGUCGUGGACAGAAAGAUGGAGAGGACUUAGCCACAUAUACCCAUUGAUGGAGCAUGGGAGACUCUUAAGAAUAUGAUUGUUUUCUUCAUAAGGCCAUCUGUACUGAAAGAAAAGAAACAUGGUAAAAGGAUAGUUAAGAUUUUUGAAUUUUUGAAGUGGAAUUGAUAUGAUCAAUUGUCCAUGUAUUACUUACAGUAUGGCGAAAGGCAAGCCCCCAAUUUGGAGAAGCGGGCUGGAGUCCAACGUGGAAGCUUAGUAGUCUACUGCUGUGGAUGGGGGUUAACAAUAAAAAUAUAUUUUGUCCCAUCUAAAACAAUAUCAGUUUAAGUGUAUGCUACACUGAGUAUUCUCACUGUACCCCAUACAACCCCCAUGUUAAAAAAACCUGAACUAUCCCUUUACUAUCGAGGCCUAGAUCAGAAUGUGAGGUGUCUUUACUUCUUGCCUUCUUUUUAAAGCACACAAAAGAAAGGAGGUGUUUUUUAUGAAGAGAUGGGAGGAAUAACAAACCAGGACUUUGCAGUUUUUGCUUCACUUCAGCUCAGUUUGGUUUAUCAGUGUGACAGCAGAGAAGGGCAAAAAAGAGAAGAAAAAAAGAGGCAACUAUUUGGAGUUGAUUGAAGUGGAGCUAACCUAAUGUAGACAAACUGAUUGUUUUAAUUUUUUUCAGUAGUGGUAACAGGAGAUGGAACAGCCUGUGCGUACAGUUUUGUUUGUCUUAGCACAGAAAAGCAUUAUUGUAAUAAUCCUUAAAGCCUUAAAUAUUUCUACAUUUUUUGUCUUUUAUUUUAACCUUUAGACAGCUUUACCUUUUUAGAUUUUUAACACAGCGCUUCUUUAACAGUACAUGAUCGGCAACACUACAGUGGUGACAGUUAUGUUGCAUCAGUAGAGUUAUAUCAGUUUUAUCAGGGGAAGGGCGGGACCAACACAUGACCAUAAAUUUCAACUGCUCUUUUAUUUCUUUCUGUAUGGUACUUUUGACAUAUUUUCUAUUCUUGCCUCCCUACUCUUUUGCUUUCAAUUUCCCCUAAAUGCAUUAACCUUUCUCCCAGUCUACCUCUCUCCCUGUCCUCAGUGAGCGGUUUCUAUCUUUGCUGUCUCUACAGAGGCAUCAAGCUGUUGGCAAUUCCUGUCUCAGACAGACUUUGCCUUAAUUAGAUAUCCCUCAGCACUUUCUCCACCCCUCUAAUCUCAUUCUCACUCUGCCUUUAGCUUUUCCGAAUGUCCUUGCACGGGCCUCAUUUUUUAGCUGGCAAUCAGGCACAAUUUGCGCAAGAUUACAGUGAUUGUUGUUGCACAUUAGAGAAAACAAACAAAAAAAAAUGUGUAAUGAUUGUAUGCUGCUCUAUCUGCUAAAUGACAAAGCAAUUUAGAAGGUAUUUUUUCUGAUUUUGGAAAAAAGAGAAAAAAUAUUUUGCUAUAUGUAAAAACAGCUGUCGUCAAUACGUAAACAUUCUGGAAAAUAGAGAAGUAUAUGUAUUUUUAAAUGUUUCUGUUUUUGUGAUUUGUUAAAAUGUGUAGCACAAAUUAAAAUUCCUUAUUGACUUAAA